AUGGGAACCGGAACGUCAAAAACGACGGAUCUUUCGUCGUACGAUUACAUCAUCGUGGGAUCAGGAAAUGCGGGAAACGUUAUCGCAAGUCGAUUAACGGAAAAUCCUUCCGUCACUGUGCUUUUAUUGGAGAUUGGAAUGCCUGAAUUGCAUCUUUUAACUGACAUACCGUUACUUGUGCCCUACUUUCAGUCGACAAGUUUCAAUUGGAAUUAUACCACACAGGUGCAGGAGAGAGCUUGUUUAGGAAUGUAUGACAAUCGAUGUUGUUGGCCCCAUGGCAAAGGACUUGGCGGAUCCUCGAUUAUUAAUUACAUGAUUUACACGCGAGGCAAUCGGCGAGAUUACGAUCGAUGGGAGGCUUUGGGCAAUCCAGGAUGGGGUUAUCGUGAUAUUUUGCCGUAUUACAAGAAAAUUGAGACGGCGUAUUUGAGAGAUUUUCAAGGAAGCGAAUAUCAUGGCAACAAUGGACCAAUUCCCGUUGAAGAUGUUCCUUUUAGAUCGCCCGUUUGUGAGACUUUUAUCAAAGCGGGACAACAAGCAGGUUAUCGAUACAACGAUUAUAAUGGUCCGGAGCAACUUGGAGUGUCUUAUAUGCAACAACAGACGAGAAAUGGAUGGAGAAUGACAUCGGCAAAAGCGUAUCUUGAACCUGUGAGAUUCAGGAAGAAUUUGCAUAUUCGAACGAAUAGUUGGGUGACGAAGUUGUUGAUUAAUGAAUAUGAUCGAAGAGUUCACGGAGUUCGUUACGUACGCGAUAAAAAAUAUUACACAGUCAAAGCAAAACGCGAAGUAAUUUUAGCAGCUGGAGCCUUCGAAACUCCCAAAAUCCUCAUGCUCUCAGGAAUUGGUCCUGCUGAUCAUUUAUCUGAACUCAACAUAAAACUCAUCAAAGAUCUUCCUGUUGGAAAUACUCUUUACGAGCACAUUGGUGUCGCAGGUCCCAUUUAUACCGUCGCCAAACCAAUCGACAACUUGACGAAUUUGGAACGCGUUUUAGGCCCUCAACCGGUAAUUGAAUGGUUAAAUGGACGAGGCGUUGCAACAACAAAUGGCGUCGAAAGUCUCCUUUAUAUGAAGACAAACGUUUCCGAUCAUCCGGAUCCGUUUUAUCCUGACAUCGAGUUGAUGCAACUUUUUGCCGCUUUUGACUUUGACACGGCACAAUCGACAACAAGAGCUCUGAAUAUGCGGCAGGAUGUUUUUGACUCAGUUUAUUUGCCGUUACUCAAUGAACGCACAUUUCAAUAUAUGCCGAUGUUGUUGCAUCCCAAAACGAAAGGAUAUCUCAGACUUCGUUCGCGAAAUCCCUUUCAACAUCCUUUCAUCUAUUAUCCGUACUUUGAAGUCGAUCAUGACUUGGAAACGCUUGUUGCGGGCGUUAAAGAAGCCAUUCGUAUCACGGAUCAACCAGCAUUUAGAGAAAUUGGAGCACAAUUAUAUCCCGCACGUGUGCCUGGAUGUCUACAGUACGAAUUUAAUUCGCACAAUUAUUGGCGAUGUUAUGCAAUGCACAUGUCGUUCACUUUUCAUCAUCAGGUCGCUACAACAAAAAUGGGCCCUGAAUCUGAUACUACAACUGUUGUUAACUCCCGUUUAAAAGUUCAUGGAUUUCCAAAUUUGAGAGUUGUUGAUAUCGGAAUCAUUCCUGAACCUCCUUCAGGUCAUACAGCAGCUUAUAGUUUGAUGAUCGGAGAAAAAGCAGCUGAUAUGAUAAAAGAAGAUUGGGGAUUAUAG